UCAGAAAAGGUCUGUAUGCGUGAUAAAGACACAUUCGGGAUAUUUAGUGAAACUUUAAAGAAACUUCAAAAAUGGGCAAUGAAAAUGGAGAUGUUAAGGAAUAUCAACCUUUACUUAAAGACUUCAAAGAACCAAAAAGACAAAUAAAGGUUCCAAGUAAAUCUCUUCUUCUGGCUGUAUGGGCAGCAUGCAUUGGGGGAACGUUCCAGUAUGGCUACAAUAUAUCUAUCAUUAAUGCACCUACCAAGGCUGUGCAGAGCUUCAUUAAUCAGACAUGGAUGGAGCGGUACAAUACUGAAAUCUCAUCACAGGUGCUCACUUUCCUCUGGUCCACAAUAGUGUCCAUAUUCACUCUCGGUGGACUUGUGGGAGCCUCCGUGGGAGGAACUCUUGCCAUUAGAUUUGGAAGGAAAGGGACGCUAUUAUUCAACAACACUUUUGCUCUGCUGGCUGCUUUAUUCAUGGGGUUGAGUUAUCCUACUAACACUUUUGAGCUGCUAAUCAUUGGGCGCUUUCUCACAGGACUAAAUGCAGGUAUCGGCAUCUGUGUGCAGCCUCUGUAUCUUGGUGAGAUCGCACCAGAGUCUCUGCGUGGCGCCAUGGCGAUGGGAACUUCCAUUUUUAUCACUGGUGGGAUUCUAACAGGACAAGUGAUUGGCCUCAAGGAGUUAUUAGGUAGGGAGGAGUUGUGGCCCAUCCUCUUGUCCACCACCUGUAUUCCAGCCAUACUGCAGCUGUUGAUUCUGCCCUGGUUCCCAGAGAGCCCUCGCUACCUGCUCAUCGACCGUGGAGAUGACCUUGCCUGCAAAAAGGCUCUAAUCUGGCUCCAAGGCAUGGAUAACUACCAUGGAGAAAGGCAGGACAUGGAGAGAGAGAGGGUCAGUGCGAUCGGGAUUAAACCCAAGAAGCCCUGGGAGCUUUUCACUGACCGAAGUCUUCGCUGGCAGCUACUCACCAUCAUUCUGCUCAACAUGUCCCAGCAACUCAACGGCAUCAAUGCAAUUUAUUUCUAUGCAGACUACAUCUUCACUCAGGCCGGAAUUCCAGCAGACAAGAUUCCGUACGUUACAGUGGGAACCGGAGCUUGUGAGUGUAUCACUGCACUGACCUGUGGUCUUCUGAUCGAGUCUUUAGGAAGGAGAGCUCUGAUUAUCGGUGGAUAUACUCUCAUGAGCCUGUGGUGUGUCUUUUUCACCAUCACACUCACUUUCCAGGAGUCCAGCUCUUGGGUUCCCUACCUUAGUAUGAUCUGUGUCUUUGCCUUCAUUCUCAGUUUUGGCCUAGGACCAGGUGGUGUUACGAACAUCUUAACAACUGAACUGUUUACACAAACGACUCGACCUGCUGCAUACAUGAUCGGGGGCUCUUUCAACUGGACAAGUUUCUUUUUUAUCGGCAUGGUCUUCCCAUUUAUUGUGAAUGGACUGCAGCAGUAUUGCUUCCUGGUCUUCAUGGUCGUUUGUUGUCUGGUGGCCACAUACAUCUUCUUUGUGGUACCUGAAACCAAAAACAAGACCUUUUUAGAGAUUCAGAGUGAGUUUCAAUCCAGAGAGAGAAAGAAGCUCAUUACUGCCAAUGGUACCGAUGGCCCUCUACUGUCCACACCAAUGUAAAUCACAGAACACAUGUACUAUGGAAAUGUAACACCAGAUAUCUGAAAUAAAGAUACUGAGGGUGCUAGAUGCCCUAUGACUACAAUAUAUUCCAUGAACCACUGAUUUUUUUAAGGGUAAAGUGACUGUAUGGUCAUUUAUACAUCAUUUGUAAUCACUACAUCUUGUGCCUCAAUAAUGAAUACGGCCCUUUAUAUAAAGGAGAGUCACAUGAUGGGAAGGACUUAACAGUUUUUUUUAUUUUGGGUGUUGGUUGUUUCUGAAUCAAUAUGGUGCUGUUAUAUAGUAGGUUUCUGUAAUUAUUUUCAUCUCUAGAUUGGAAUUCUUUAUAUUGGAUCCAUUUUUGAAGAAACAUGAGUUUCAAGAAAUCACUGUAUGUCUUGCAUAUAUGUUUCAUAUGAUAAUAUCAUCGACAAUAUUGAUAGAAAGACAAAACUAUCAUUUAUGACAAUAAAAUAAAUG